UGAAAUCAAUUCAUCGGUUUACCGAUCACGGAGAUAUGAUAAGCUAAAGAAAAAGAAGAACUUUUUGCGAUUCAAACGAUUUUUUAGGCCAAUGGGCUGCGUUUGCUGCAAAAAUUCCGCCGGAGAGAAACGGAAUCCCAAUGAAACUGCUCCGGGAAACCUCCACCGCCGUGAAUCUAAGGCGGAGGAUUUGCCUUCUUCCUCCACCACCGUGUCUGUACCGGAGCUCGAUACCGGAGAGAAGAAGAAGAAUUCGGGUUUGGAUUCGAUUCAGAUUCAAACGGCGAGAACGUGGCACACUGGCGAUUUCUCGGCUGGCUCUUCUCGUCGGCCGUUUGGAAUGAGCCUCCGUGCUCCGGAAGUUUGGCCACCGUGGCUAAUUGCUGCUUGCGGCGAAUCGAUCAAAGACUUGACUCCUCGCCGAGCCACCACUUACGAGAAGCUCGAGAAGAUUGGGCAAGGAACUUACAGCAAUGUGUACAAGGCGAAAGAUCUAUUGACUGGAAAAAUCGUAGCUUUGAAGAAAGUGAGGUUUGAUAAUUUGGAAGCAGAGAGUGUUAAGUUCAUGGCAAGAGAGAUUCUUGUGCUGCGACGGUUAAACCAUCCUAAUGUUAUAAAGCUUGAAGGUUUAGUUGCUUCAAGGGUUUCGUGUAGCCUCUACCUUGUUUUUGAGUACAUGGAGCAUGAUCUCUCUGGCCUUGCUGCAACUCAAGGUGUUAAAUUUGAUCUUCCUCAGGUGAAGUGCUUUAUGAAACAGCUACUAUCUGGACUAGAGCAUUGCCAUAGCCGAGGAGUAUUACAUCGAGAUAUCAAAGGUUCUAAUCUUUUGAUAGAUAACGAUGGAACACUGAAGAUUGCUGAUUUUGGGUUAGCUACGUUUUAUGACCCAAAGCAAAAGCAAACAAUGACUAGUCGUGUUGUCACGCUCUGGUACCGACCUCCCGAGCUUCUUCUUGGAGCUACCAACUAUGGAAUCGGUGUUGAUCUUUGGAGUGCUGGUUGUAUUAUGGCAGAGUUACUUGCUGGCAAGCCCGUUAUGCCAGGAAGAACCGAGGUCGAACAACUUCAUAAGAUAUUUAAAUUAUGUGGCUCACCAUCAGAUUUGUACUGGAAGAAGUAUAAAUUGCCGAACGCGACUCUGUUUAAGCCGCAGCAUCCGUACAAACGUUGUGUCUCUGAAGCCUUUAAUGGGUUCACUCCAUCCUCUGUGCAUUUAGUCGAGACACUUUUGGCUAUUGACCCUGAUGAUCGAGGAACUUCUACCUCAGCCUUGAAUAGUGAAUUCUUUACGACUGAACCGUUGGCAUGUGAUCCAUCAAGUUUACCAAAGUAUCCGCCUUCCAAAGAACUGAAUGUAAAGCUGAGGGACGAAGAGGCAAGAAGGCAAAAGGGUCUUGCUGGAAAAUCUAGUGGUGUUGAAGGAGCUAGAAGAAUAAGGUUUCGUGGAGAUCGCACUGGGCGUGCUAUUCCAGCCCCAGAAGCUAAUGCUGAGAUUCAAGCAAACUUGGAUAGAUGGAGAGUUGUACCACAAACACAUGGAAAGAGCAAGAGUGAGAAGUUCCCGCCUCCUCACCAGGACGGUGCAGUUGGGUACCCAGUGGAAGAUCAGUCAAAGAAAAGCUCACUAUUUGGUGCAAAGCCUGAGACUUCUUUUGGCUCAUCAAGAUCACUCAAGGUCGGGGAAGGGACAUCAAUGAGAAAGAUUUCAAACAAAAACGGGGCUCUUGCUUCUUCUUCUAGAAAGUACAUAUGGGGGCUUAAACCUCCUCCAGCGCUUGGGCUAUCGAUGGACUUACUUUUCAAGAGCAGAUCAGAAGUUUUUGGGGUCCGCAGAUAAUAGGAUACAGGAAAUGAGUUGAGAAUUGUAUUAGUUCAUCAAAAUAAAGAUAUUUGUUUCCAAUUUUAAUUUCUGAAAGGUUGGUUGAAGUUCAUAUUCUUUGUAGUAGAAUAGAAAGAGAGAUAGAGCAGAAAUGGAAAUGUGGUUUUUGACUCUUAUGUAAAAACACAGUUCAUGUAGUUCUAGAAUCCUACUUUAAAAAUUGUAUAGUUGUUGAGAUGGGUUUU